AUGCUUUCUAAGGUAUCGCAAGUCCAAUUUAAUGAGGGGGAAGAAGAACGACUUUCUAUGAAAAAGACAGCAGAAGAUGCAUGUAAAGGGGUGGAAGAGGCCAAAACUUUGGUAAGAAAAUUUGAAGAGGAAUUGAUCAAGCAUGGUAAUUGGGAUUAUGAACCUCAGUCUACUGGUAGUUUUCCAACUGGUAUUGUGUCUGUUACUAAAGGAUUACCUGCAUCAAGUUGCCACUGUUUCUCGGAUGUCUUGGUUCCUCUACCAGAGAUGACUUCUACUUUUGACGAUUUUAAUGAAGAUGAGAUGACUUGUGAUAAAAAUGCUCCCUCUCUAUCAGGUGAUAGUGGAUCUGAAGAGGAUCCUGAGUGUAUUGAUGAACCGAACCAUACCAUUGGUGUUCUAAAUAACAAAAAAGAAAUAGUUCGAUUGAUAUCAUUGAGAGAAAAUAGUAAAGAUGUCAAGAGUGCUUCUUCAAAUAAUAAAAAUGUCAAAUUUAGACGCAGACUGUACCAGAAAAUAGAGGCUGUUGGUGACAGUAAUGCUAUCAGAGCUGCUAUCACAAUCUCAGAUCCAGUUAAAGUCACUCCGAUGUUAAGUGGUAGAUGUUUUUUAAGGAAAAUUCAUCUUCAUGAAAUUAGCAAAGGCUGUAAUGAUGUGCUUAAAAAAUUAACAUCUGAAGACAGAAGUGAAAGUGAAGAUGGGGAAAAUGAAGAAACUCUGGAAGUUGAAAAUAUAAUAGACCAAAGAAUCAACAAAUCAAAUGAGUGCCCGGAAUUCAAAGUAAGGUUCAAAGGUUAUUCAGAAGAUGGCGAUCAGUGGCUACCUGCAUCUGAAUUCAAUCAAACUAUAAACUUCACAACGACAUCCAGCUACAGUGGUCGUUUAAUUAAACGAAAGAUAAUGGAUUAUGAAAAUCCAAGUAAGGAAGAAAAGACCAUGAACAUCAACAAGAAGUUCAAGACCUCUGUACUCAAACCUAAACCUGAUAAAAAAACUUUCACUGAAGUAUCAGCUUCUACAUCAAAUCAACUGACAAACAACUUUUCUCAUGGUGAUGUUGUUCCUAGCGUUACUACGAUAAUGGAAAAUGAAGUGAUCACCACACUGAGGAAAUGUAGAAGACUUGGAAAAAAGAACACUGAAGGAGAAAUUUGGACUAACAGUACUAUAUGUGGAUUUGGGGACUUUGCGAGAAGACAACAGAUGACAACAAUGGCGGGAAUUAGUGAUACAGAUCUUGUACGUAAAGGUGAAAAUAAAGUGCCACUGAAGUGUUCACUAUGCAAACAUGUGUAUGACGUCACCGACAGACUACCUAAGUAUCUUCCCUGUCUCCAUACAUUUUGUGCAAUUUGUCUAGCUAGUGAUGUUGAAUUAUCCGACCUUAAAGAUAACACUACAAAACAAAUAAACGAGGUUGAACAUUUCUUCUCUGAAUUUAUCAAAAAAAUCAACAGUAGAAAACAACAGUUGGUCUCUGAAAUUGAGAAGCAACACGACGUACUGGAAACAUCACUCAAUAUUGAGAAAAAGAAACUGCAGAUGAGGCAACAUAUUGUCGACACUUCUGUGAAAUUCACAGAAUUCACACUAAAAUAUGACAGUGAUGUGGAACUAUUGACAACUAAAUACGAUGUAUGCAGUCAACUGGACAAGGUCUCAUCACAAACAAUACCAGAUCACAAAUCAACGACAGAACAGUUCCCACGAUUCUUUCAUCCUCAGAGUGUAAAUCUAAAUAUGGUAAAUAAUACAGUGUUUAGUGGGCAUCAUGGUAAGAUCAGUUGUGACGUCACUAAUAGUGAUGCAGUAGUUGGUAAAACCUGCAAUUUCACUAUAACCCCACGUGACAUGAAUGGUAAACAACUUGGUGUAUCUGCAAUUCCUGUAGAGGUCACACUAAGUGACCCUGUUAACCGAAAUAUGGUCACCACUACAGAUGACAAUGGUGACGGGACUUACAUGGUGAAGUACAUACCACAGAGAGAAGGAACACACCACGUGGCUGUCACGUUAUAUAGUACGCCGAUAGAGGGCAGCCCAUACAUCAUUGAUGUAAAACCAGCAAGAAAGAUCAAGUGUGACGUUCAUACACAUGGGAGAGUGGUGAAUAUGGAUUGUACAACAACCAUUCGUUAUCUCGCCGACAUGGAAGCCUUACCUGCCUUAGUCCGUGAUCCUGAAAGUCUGCCUGUGGAAACUCACAUCACCACUAAACAUGAGGUGACCUUUCGACCUACUAAGGUAGGACGUCAUGAAAUAGUUUUGAAUAAGUAUGGUGCGCCUGCAGAUUGUAACCCAUAUAUCAUUGAUGUGAUAGAUACCAAGGGACUGUGGAAAGUAGGUAGAACAGGGGUGAACAAUGAAGAAUUCAACAUUCCAAUAGACGUAUCCGUUAACAAGAAGGGCAACGUUUUGGUAGCAGACGCUGGUAACAAAAGGAUACAGAUACUUGACAGCAAUGGAAAAUACAUUGGUCACAUCCUAGUGGAUUUACCUCACAUAUCUGGUGUUGCCAUGGCACCAAAUGGUAAUAUUGUCGUGGUAGAAUGGGAAACUAAACACGUUCAUGUCUAUAAUGAGAACAGAGAAAAGAUAAAACAGUUUACGUAUAAAGAAUUUGUCAAACCUUAUGGCAUAACUGUAAACAGUAAAGGACAUAUAUUGGUAGCUGAUCCUGAGGCAUCUUACAUCUUUAUGUUUACGUCCGAUGGAGAUUUCAUAAUGAAGAUUGGGAAGGAAGAAGGUGAAGGUAAACUGAAUAACCCCCACUUCGUUGCUACUGGCAGGAAAGAUGACGUCAUUGUGUCUGACAGUCGCCACGGACUGGCAUUAUUCACCCAGCGUGGACAGUUUAAACGUGGAAUUCAUCAAAUAGGAGACGAUGACAAACUAUAUGACAGCAAUGGUGUUGCUGUCGACAGUCAUUAUAACAUUGUAGUAGCCGACCAGGGAUCCACUCCAAAUAGAAUACUAGUAUUAACGUAUUUUGGGACUGUUAUUCAAUGUCUUGAAAGUCAACACAAUAAACUGAGUAGUCCGCAUGGUGUGGCUGUGACACAAGAUGGGUAUGUAAUUGUUGCUGAUGCAAAUAAUGACUGCAUCAAGAAAUACAAACUGUAAACUGUAUCGCGGUGACUACAGUCAAACUAAACCAUAUAGGUCGAUAUAAAUGAAUAUUGACAUAAACCACUGUGACAAAUACUUAAACGCUGCCUAAAAUGAACUAUAUUGAUACUGCAUCUAAAUAGCACACGAUCAAGCCAAGAUUAAGUAUAGAUCAGUGUAUAUUUGGUAGUCAAUGAGUGCAUAUUACAAGAAAAUAUAUCAUAAUAUCUCCAUGAAGCCAAAUAAAUGUUAGCAGUGUAUAAUAAAAUUGUUAUACAGCGUACUUAGUUGCAUGAUAUCGCUAACACCCGAGACUGGGACAAGUAUACUAAUGUAACAACCUGGCCGCCGAUACCAUCACUCCAAAAUAUUUCAUUUGUGAACAUGUAUCUCGUCAUUUCGGAGGAGUGCGCCGUAAUCUUGAGAUAACGCAUGUGAUUCAACAAUAUCCCGCUAUGUGUUGACUGGCAACAAGAAUGAUUAAUUCAAUGCAUGCUUUCCCGUGGUUAAUAUGAAUAAUUAGACUAAGACGAAGAGUGCACACUGCGCUGGGUGCAGAUAAUACAUGGAAACGAUAUAUUCGAAUUUGCUAUUCAAGUUCCCAAAUAUAAUUAUAACAUUUGCAAUUACUAUUAAAUAUCAUACAUUUAAAUAUAUACUUUAGACUGUGUUGUAUAUGUAUUAUAUUUAUUGUUUACAUCAAAUGACUUGGUGACAUCCAUCCUGAUCCUCUACUAUACGUUGUGUCAGUUGGAAGAGUUACAUGACAAUACUGUAAUAUCAUUGAGACAUAAUUCUUGAGAAAUGUUUGUUUAAAUAAAUAAAAUGCUUUCAAUUAUUGUACAA